AUGCUUCAUUUUGGGAUACUAUACAUAGAAAUACUAACCCAACUCAAGUUCGCACUAUUUUGCGACUGUUUGGAAAUCGCAUGCCAAACUAAAGAAAAGAUGGCGUCAUUUUGUUCUCGUUCUUCCUUUUUAGGAAAUUAUCAAAAACACAAUCUACUCUUUUGUAACCGCAUUCUAGACUUCUUAGAUCUGGAUUGGGUUAGUAUACUAGUCAAAAACACCUUUAUUCGUUCUGAUCUAUCCUUGGCAAUAAUCGAUCCUGUUGUGUUUGCAUCUCUUUGCUCUUAUAAUGGCCUCGAACGUGUUUGUAGCACUUUUCUGUGUCUAGAUGCCAAUUCCUACCAUGUCCUUUUAUAA